AUGAGCAUAGUUGCGAACUCUGGGCGGGUUUGUGAUCUGACAUUUGAGCAUACCAAUUUACCAUGCGACGACGACAUUCGACAGGAGCGGGGGAGGUUUCAAGAGGAGCUUGCUACUAAGACGUCUCUUAUCGACAUUUUGCUGGUAAUUCGAUGUUCUUUUUCUAUUCAGAUUGCCGACCAUUCCGAUGAAAAUCGCAUGACCGUGGACAAUUUAGCUAGUGUCUUCGCUCCCAACAUCCUCAGACAAGCCGACUAUGACCCUGAUGUAGAGAUGUCUGUCACACCAGUCAUAACCCUCACCAUCGCUGGUUUCAUUCGACGCCACACGGAACUCUUUCGUUAUGAGCUCACUCAUUUCGCUCAACUUUGCUCUGCCACUGCUGUCCCAAAUCGUUCCCAAUCCACUGUCUCAUCUUGUAGUGCCGCGGCCGCUGCAGUCUCCUUUAGGGCACUCUCUGGAAAUGGAUCAACUGAAAGAGUUGAUCCGCCCUACCCGCUCUCGUCGAUGCAGUCACUAAAACCGGCGAGACAAAACUUCUCUGAACCUCCUCCUGAAGUCGCACCUGCCUCUCUUCUGCCCUCCUCGAGUUUGCAUUUUAGUCGUUAUAAGUCAGGUAGUUUAACAGAUUCAUCGACUUCGCACUCCCAAGGGGCUAUUUUCUUUCCCCAUGAGUCACGACGUUCGAUUACACUCUGCCGCCAACCGACAAUCACUGGAACUUCUCCCAGUCGUCGCCUGAAUGGUCGCACUGCUUCCGCAGAUCGGGAAAUCUCUUCCAGAGACUCUCGUGCACAGAAGACUGGCUCUUCCUCACCAGUCAUAGGUAGUGGAAGUGGUGGGUCAGGUGGUAGCGGCGUAUUCGCAACUCCGGAUACUUCAACAGAGAAUCUUGCUGAACAGCUGCGGCACUGGCGUUCUGUUGCUUUGGUAGCUCGCGCAGAAGCGGUGUGUGAGCGGGCCAAGUCGCGAGCGUUGACUGCAGAGUUAGCGCGAGCUCGUUGUGAUCUCAAUAUGGCUGAGACAGAACUCGGUUUACUACGGAAACAGCUUUCCGUGCUUCAAUCUACUCUUAUUUCUUCUCGUACCCCCAUCACCGGAUCAUCUGCUGCUGCGGCCACUACAGUUACGCGGGAGUUUCGAUGA